CUCCGCUUGCUCAUGCGCCCUCGCUUUACUCUCUCCGUCACCCAAAACAUCCUGCUCCGUUGGUUUCUUGAUCUCUGUUUCGACUGAGACCCGUUCUCAACUCUCCUCGCUCCGCUCUACACUCACAUCUCACAUCUCGCUCUCCUGAGGCACCACCGUUGCCAUCCUUCAAACCUUUCAAAUGGCCUAACCAUCCACAGUUGAUCUCGAGCUCGUCACUUUAUACCUUUUUUCCAGUCACUCGUUUGUCUCACCUUCCGGAAGACGUCUAUCCAUUUCCCGAGCCAAAACUGUCGACGGUCAGAAUCGAUCGAUUACCCUUACCCAUCCACAUCUCUACACAUCCUCAACAAUUUUCGUCACCCCCGGACUCAAAGUGCUGGCAUUUACGAUAGUUCAUCUCCUCCUGUAUUAGACCCGUUUUCGCACAUGCUUGGAAACGCCGUGUACUAUACCUACAAAAGCCAUCCAUCACCAAAUCGAUAAGAUACACCCUCGACACACGAUUCAGCCUUCAACCCCGUCGUCACAAUGAGGCUGUUGUCGUUAUUCUCGUUCUUCGUCGCCUUCCUUCCCUUCUCCCCUGGUGCCUUCGCCAUAAAAUUAAUCGAAUCGAAAUCACUUGUUCCUUGCCAGGACAACUCUAAUCUCACUGCCACCUUGUUCAAUGUCCUUUUUACCCCGCAUAACAACUCCUUGCUGGUCCAUAUGGUUGGCGUGUCGUCCAUCUCAGGCAAUGUGACAGCACAGGUGGAGUUGAUUGCCUAUGGAUUCACGGCUCUGAAAGAGACCUUGAACCCUUGCGACCUCGAUCUUGGCGGCCUGUGCCCAAUGACCAAGGGCUCAAUCGAGAUCGAGACGAACUUCGUUAAUCUUUCUCCCGAUGUCGUCAGCAAAGUUCCAGGAGUCGCUUAUGGCGUGCCUGACCUAGAUCUUAAAGUACGAAUUUAUGUAAACUCCACGGCUGAGAAGAGAAGUAUCGCGUGUGUUGAAGCUGCCCUGUCCAACGGAAAGACUGUCUACCACCGAACCGUAGCCUGGAUUGUUGCUGUAAUAGCAGGUUUGGGCUUGGUUGCGUCCGCCGUUACAUCCGGUCUGGGGCAUUCCAACACCGCUGCCCAUGUCGCCGCCAAUGCGCUUUCGCUCUUUGGCUUCUUCCAGGCACAGGCCAUGAUUGGGAUGUCCAGUGUAAAGCUACCUCCAAUUGUGCAGUCUUGGACGCAGAACUUCCAGUGGAGUAUGGGUAUUAUCCGUGUUGGAUUUAUCCAGAGACUUGCGACAUGGUAUCAACGUGCAACCGGCGGAGAACCAUCAACGAUUCUGCAGUCGCUCUCAACCACAUCAGUCCAGGUGCAGAAACGAUCAGUUGAAUAUGUCCAUCAGCUAAUGGCUAAGGCUGCUAAUGAGCUGAUAAAACGCACUAACAGAGAUGAGGGUGUUAGUGAGAACAGCGCGACAGUCAGUGUCCGAGGCAUAGAUCGAGUUGGAUUCCGUGCUCGCAUUGAGCGUACCAACAUUUUCAUGACAGGCCUGAUCUUUUUUGUCGUGUUUGUCGCCUUGGUGAUGGGCUGUGUUGCUGGAUUCAAAGGCGCCUGCGAAUUGCUUGCGAGAUCCGGCAGAAUGAAGAGCGACAAAUUCCAGGACUUCCGGAACGGCUGGAGAAUUGUGAUGCGAGGCAUCUUGUUCCGACUGACAUUGAUUGGCUUCCCUCAGAUGUGCAUUCUUUGCUUGUGGGAGAUGACUCACAGGGAUUCUGCUGCUGAAGUCGUUCUCGCUGUUGUGAUGAUCCUCGCCAUGAUCGCUUCAUUGGGCUGGGCAGCAUGGAAAGUUAUUCGCCUUGCAAAGAAGUCAGUUCUUAUGCACAAGAAUCCUGCCUAUAUUCUCUAUUCCGAUCCCUCUGCGCUCAACAAAUGGGGAUUCCUCUACAUACAAUACCGGGCUACAGCAUACUACUUUGUUGUUCCAGUUUUGAUCUACAUAUUUGUCAAGGCUAUGUUCAUUGCCUUGACUCAGCCCGCCCCCACGGUGCAGGCUUUUGCGUUAUUCUUUAUCGAACUGGGAGUCCUUGUCGGGGUUUCCAUUUUGCGACCUUGGAUGGACAAGAAGACAAAUAUCUUUAACAUUUCUAUCGCUGCUGUUAACUUCUUUAAUGUCCUUCUAUUGCUUUUCUUCUCGGAAGUAUUCAAGCAGCCAGGCCUUGUCACAGGUGUUAUGGGUGUCGUGUUCUUCAUUGCUAAUGCUGUAUUUGCCCUCAUCCUGCUCUUACUUGUCCUUAUCGCCUCUAUUUACGCCAUCGUAUCCAAAAACCCGGAUACCCGCUAUCAACCCAUGAGAGACGAUCGUGGCUCCUUUAUUAAAUCUCAAACCCAACUUACUACCGAACUCGACGCCCUUGGUGCGACAGCAAGGGGCGAGGGGAAAAGGCCUUUCGAUGACGAUGUAGCGUCAUUUUCGGGCCAUUCCCAAACUCAUUCUAGCUCCCUACAUGAUGGCGGGUCCGGUAUCGCCGUAUCGCAACACAGUGCACGGCAGGCACCUCACUCUCCAGUUGAUACAUCAGUCCCGCUCUUCCCAAUGAGUGAAAACCACCACCAAGGUUUCUCUCCUUCUAACCCACCUGGUCAAGACAACCGUGGAGUGUACAACGAUGGCGGGGACUUUUACGGACGAACACAAAACACAUCCCCUGUCCCAAGAGGGUACGCAACAUCGCCCUUCAACCGGAGUGGCUCUGUGAACUCCAAUCCAAAUAGUUACCGGAUGCAGAAUAGUGCGAGUCCGUGGCAGAGAGGUGCAGGCUAUGAACACUAAUUGAGCUGCUUUUUUCUUAUGUUUAUAUCUCUCUUUGUCCUUCCCUUGUAAACAGAUGCAGGAAAAUAAAUGCAUGGGAUUUUCUAAGUGUGUAUGGAGUAAUAUGAAAUUCUGUUGUCUCCGGCGGACUCGCCUUGAUGUUCCUUUGGUUUGUGUUUCCCCCUUUGCCGCCUGUUUGUUCAGCCCAAUUGCACAGCACUACGCAUUUGUAGAUGGUUAAUAUCUGGAGACCCUUUAUUGCCCCCUGUCUUGUGUUUUCAGGGCGUUUUCGUGAGAAUGAGAACUUUUCCCUUGCCGAGCAUUAUAUUCACCUUCCUUUUUACCUUGCCUUUUUUUCAUGUAUCAAUUAUUCUUAUUUUUUUUUUUUUUUAAAAUUAUGAUGACCUUCUACUAUUUCGUGUACUAUCCUCUCGGGACGUCAUCCAACUGGUGUGAGUCGUUGAAAGGUGUUACUCUUUUUU